AUGGAGAUCUGGGACCAGUACAGAGAAUGUGUCAUGGAGACCUGGGACCAGUACAGAAAAGGUGUCAUGGAGACCUGGGACCAGUACAGAGAAGGUGUCAUGGAGACCUGGGACCAGUACAGAGAAGGUGCCAUGGAGACGUGGGACCAGUACAGAGAAGGUGUCAUGGAGACCUGGGACCAGUACAGAGAAGGUGCCAUGGAGACGUGGGACCAGUACAGAGAAGGUGUCAUGGAGACCUCGGACCAGUACAGAGAAGGUGCCAUGGAGAUCUGGGACCAGUACAGAGAAUGUGUCAUGGAGACCUUGGACCAGUACAGAGAAGGUGUCAUGGAGACCUCGGACCAGUACAGAGAAGGUGCCAUGGAGAUCUGGGACCAGUACAGAGAAUGUGUCAUGGAGACCUUGGACCAGUACAGAGAAGGUGCCAUGGAGACGUGGGACCAGUACAGAGAAGGUGUCAUGGAGACCUCGGACCAGUACAGAGAAGGUGCCAUGGAGAUCUGGGACCAGUACAGAGAAUGUGUCAUGGAGACCUUGGACCAGUACAGAGAAGGUGUCAUGGAGACCUCGGACCAGUACAGAGAAGGUGCCAUGGAGAUCUGGGACCAGUACAGAGAAUGUGUCAUGGAGACCUUGGACCAGUACAGAGAAGGUGUCAUGGAGACCUGGGACCAGUACAGAGAAGGUGUCAUGGAGACCUGGGACCAGUACAGAGAAGGUGUCAUGGAGACCUGGGACCAGUACAGAGAAGGUGUCAUGGAGACCUCGGACCAGUACAGAGAAGGUGCCAUGGAGAUCUGGAACCAGUACAGAGAAGGUGCCAUGGAGACGUAG